GCGAGUCUCACUGCAGAGACGGACCUAGCGGCGGACUGAAUUAUGUUGCCAUACAAAUGAAGGCUUGAAGAAGUAUUUUGGAUACAAAGACAUGGAUUGACACCGUGCCUUGUUGAAACCCUGCUGCUUCAGAGGGAGUGCUCUGACACUUGGUGUGGCGCAGCCACCGGCUCACUCACACUCAGGAGACCGAGUGUGAGUGUGUGUGUGUAUGUGUGUGUGGGCGCGUGUGCAACCGUCACCUGAGCCCUUCUUAUCGUCGCAGAACCCCUGAAGUGCCCGGCCGAGCAGGAUGUCGGCGAGGGAGAGAGGUCAGCGACCCCAGAGGCCGUGGUCAGUGUACCGGGCGAGCACCUUCGACCUCUCUUCGGAGAUGAUGGGGCUGGUGCUGGCAGGAAAUGGCUUGGACCCAGAUGAACCCGUGCUGGAGUUCAGCCUCGCCUGCAGUGAGCUCAUCACACCAUCCCUCGACCGCAAGCCCAACACCUUUGUGGCCGUGAGCUGCACCACACCGCCUCAGGCCUUCUGGACCAAACACGCUCAGACAGAGAUCAUCGAGGGCACCAGUAACCCAAUGUUCCUGAGCAGUGUUGCCUUCUUCCAGGACUCGCACAUCACUCACCAGACGCAGGUCAAGCUGUCGGUGUACGACGUGAAGGAUCGCUCUCAGGGCACGAUGUACCUGUUGGGCUCAGCACUGUUCACUGUUAAAGAGCUACUGCAGGAGAAGGAGCACAGGCUACACCUGACGCUGAGGUCAGCGGAGAACGAGCGCGUGGGCAGCAUCAACCUGGUGGCGCCGCAGAUGGAGGAGAGACGAGAGCAGCGGACGCCCGUCUCCCGGUUACCAGACACCAUAAACGGCAGGACGGUUCUCCCUGUGGAUGAGAGCUUGACAGAGUCCUUGGGCGUCAGAUCCAAGUAUGCAUCCUUGUGCAAGGACACAUUCCUGCGGUCAGUGUUUGGAGGCACCAUGUCCCGCAUGUACCGCUUCCCCACCACGGACGGCAACAACCUGCGCAUCCUGGAGCAGAUGGCCGAGAGCGUGCUGUCUCUGAACGUCCCGCGCCAGUUCGUCAAGCUGCUGCUGGAGGAGGACACCGCCAGAGUAUGUGAGCUUGAAGAGUUAGGAGAGCUGUCACCCUGCUGGGAGGGCCUUCGGAGGCAAAUAGUCACCCAAUAUCAGACCAUCAUCCUCACCUACCAGGACACACUCAACAACCUACACAACUACAAAGGUCCUUCGUUCAAGGCCAGUAACCUGAAGGCGGAGAGGAAGCUGGAGUUCAUGCCCACUAACCUGCACGUGCAGCGCAUGAGGGUGCAGGACGACUCCGGCUUUGACCACACGUAUGACGUGGUGACCAUCGGAGCGCCCGCUGCCCACUGCCAGGGCUUCAAGAGCAGCGGCCUGCGCAAACUCAUCCACAAGUUCGAGGAAGCCAAGAAAAUCGCUCUGUCCAGCUCCCAGUCCAUCGUGUACAUCCCUCAGGACAUCGUGCGGGCGAAGGAGAUCAUCGCCCACAUCAACACGCUGAAGACGCAGGUCAGCUACUACACCGAGCGCCUCUCCCGCGCCGCCAAGGAGCGCUCCGCCAACGGCCUGGAGAGGACCCUCGCCAUCCUGGCCGACAAGACACGGCAGCUGGUGACGGUGUGCGACUGUAAGCUGCUGGCGUCGGCCAUCCAGGCUCUGAACGCGGCGCGGCCGGAGUACAUCGCCUCCAAGGUGUCCCCCUCGGCCGACGCCGAACAGGUGGUGCUGCGCAACGACCAGGACACGCUACUGGCCAAGUGGAGCGGCAGCAACAGCCGCACCUCGCUGCACGUGGACUGGCAUGAGGAGGAGUGGGAGAAGGUGUGGCUGAACGUGGACAAGAGUCUGGAGUGUAUAAUCCAGCGUGUGGACAAGCUGCUGCAGAAGGAGCGGCUGCACAGCGACAGCAGCGAGGACAUGGCGCAGUGCGACCAGCAGGGCGGCGCCACUCCUAAGAAAGGUAACGAGAAGACGCGAGCCUUCUGGAUCAACCCCAUCUCCGCCAAGGACUCUUCCUCUUCCUCCUCGUCAUCGUCGUUACCUUCCUCCCAGCAUGCACAGCCGCCAGAACCGUACCAGAGGUCACUCUCAUCACCAUCGUCACCCUCAUCACCGUCAUCAUCCUCACUGCCUGUUGCAUGCCACCCGGGUUCUAACAGAAACUCCGCUAACUAUGGCAGUCCAGCAGGCGAGGAGGCCUCCGCAGGUGAGUGGAGCGAGGCGCUGUACCCUCUGUUAACCACGCUGAUGGAGUGUGUGGCCAUGAUGAGUGACAAGGCCAAGAAGUCCAUGGUGUUCCUGCUCAUGCAAGACUCAGCGCCCACCAUCGCCCUGGACCUGGGCCUGCAGUACCGCCGCGACGUCGUCUUCUGCCAGACGCUCACUGCUCUAAUCUGUGGCUUCAUCAUCAAGCUGAGGAACUGUCUCCGUGACGACGGUUUUCUGAGGCAGCUCUACACCAUCGGCCUCCUGGCUCAGUUUGAGAGUCUCCUCAGUACCUACGGCGAGGAGCUCUCCAUGCUGGAGGACAUGAGCGUCGGCGUCAACGACCUUCGGAACGUGACCUUCAAGGUCACGCAGGCCAGCUCGGGCGCCGCCCCCGACAUGCUGCCCGUCAUCACCGGCAACCGCGACGGCUUCAACGUCCGCAUCCCGUUGCCAGGGACGCUGUUCGACGCGUUGCCGCGGGAGAUCCAGAACGGGAUGCUGCUGAGGGUCCAGCCGGUGCUCUUCAACGUCGGCAUCAACGAGCAGCAGACGCUCGCCGAGAAGUUUGGAGACACGUCCCUGCAGGAGGUCAUCAACCUGGAGAGCCUCUCCCGCCUCAACUCCUACUACGAGCAGUUCAAAGAGGUCCUGCCCGACGACUGUUUGCCCCGAUCCCGGAGUCAGACGUGUCUUCCAGAGCUGCUGCGGUUCCUGGGGCAGAACGUGCACGCCAGGAAGAACAAGAACGUGGACAUCCUGUGGCAGGCCGCAGAGAUCUGCCGGCGGCUGAAUGGCGUGCGCUUCACCAGUUGCAAGAGUGCGAAGGACCGCACGGCGAUGUCGGUGACGCUGGAGCAGUGUCUGAUCCUGCAGCACGAGCACGGCAUGGCGCCGCAGGUCUUCACGCAGGCCCUCGACUGCAUGCGCAGUGAGGGUUGUCGGCGUGAGAACACGGUGAAGAACGUGGGAUGUCGCAAGUAUGCCUUUAACUCCCUUCAACUCAAGGCCUUCCCACGCCACUACAGACCUCCAGACGGAACCUUCGGGAAAGUAGACACAUGAUCACACACACACGCACACACACACACACACACACACACACACACACACACACACACACAUACACACACAAUUAUCCCAUGCUGUUCAUAGAGCCUCACACACUUCAUAUGCCCAGUGACACAUAACUAGCAACAGUGUGUGAAAUGUAGACGUGUUAGCUUCUACCGUAAUCACUGAAGUCAUGUGUGCAGUCGUGUGCACUGGCUGGUUUUAAUGCAUUCUAUCCAUUUUAGGGAACAUGUAUACGGUAUGUAAAAUGGAUUACCUUAAGCACUGCAUACUCCUAAAUACAUACCAGUCAAACUAUGGAACACUGAAGAUGAACUGUGGCUUACAGAGCGUCACGCUCACAUGCAUUCAUGUUUUAUUGGAUCAAAAGUCCAAAAGUGUAUGUGCUGUAUAGUGAAUGACCAUCAGAGUAUACUGCCAAACUGAAGAGCUAGUUAUCCAGUUAUAACAUACUACAAUGAGCUACAAUGUGUAAAGGACAAUAGUAACAUCACAACAUAAAGAGCUGAAGUAUUAUAAAGGAGAAUAGUAACAUCACAACAUAAAGAGAUGAAGUAUUAUUAAUGUUUUCGGAGAAUUGGAUGCAGACUGUCUUUAAGGUUUUGCUAUUUAAACAGUGCACUGUUAAACUUAGCUAACUGUAGCCAGUGCAGAGGAUUAGCGUGGACUUGCCAUAGACUCAGUGAGUUGCGUCAGAACAUAAUGGCUAACGCAACAGUAAGAGUAAGAGUAGAUCAGUCAUUUCUGAUGUCCAUAGACAACAUGUAGCAUUCGGUGAGAUACGGAAACGCAGAAUGGUAUGAAGUGGAGCCUGACGCCAUGUCGGCUCAGAAAGGACACGUACACGUGCGGCUGACGCCAUGCCUGAUUCAGAUCUUCCAGGGCUCUUGAGCAUACAGUACAUCCGCUCCUUAGGCUUACUGUACACCCUCACGUUCCUCAGCCAUUACAACAGCAAGCUGUUAGGACUUCUGUCUAUGCUUUGUUUGUUUGUUUGUUUGUUUGAACUCCAUAGGACACACAGUAAUUUUUUGGUCUGUCCCCCCCCCUCCAUCAUUCCCGUCACACCCGUCACACCUGUCACACCUGUCACACCCGUCACACAUUCAGCACUCUCCGUCACCACCUGCUGCGUCCACUUCAGCACGCCGUAGUUGUUUCUCUCGCGGUGUGAGACGUGACUUCACUUGUAUUUUUCAGUACUUCAAUAUGUGACGCAAAAAAUUAAAGUUGCGGUAACUAACGACUAAUCCCCUUCUGUCUCUGUCUGUCGAAUUGAACCAUGUGCUCUGUGCGAUCCUGUAGCUACUGUGUGUGUGCUCAGUGUUCUCACUUCACACCUCUGCUGUCCGCACACGGCCCCACGGCUCUAUGAGCAGGAAACACAGCUAGUGUCUCACCAUAGAUAUAUAUAUAUAUAUCUAUGGUGUCUCACACUCACCAUGAACGGCCCCAGCUAAUCACCAUGGUGCUUUAGGAGGGAAAGGCCAGGGGGUGUCCUUUGAUUGGCUCCUGAAAUCAAAACGUAACUGCAGACUGCAUUAUUAAGCAAGCAUUUAGACUCGGGCAGUAGAGGAGAUACGUGUCAUACUCUUGUGCUUAUACUCGAGCCUCACGUCCCAUAGUGACCGACAGUGUCCAGUUGUGGUCAUCUUCACCAUUGACUGUGAAAUGCAACAGCCUAUAUGAUGUUGUUGUGGUGCGUCCACCUCUGUGUCUAUGUAAUUUUUUUAUGCGUAUAGAUAUAUUAUUUUUGUCUUUUGAAAUUCUUUGGUUAUCCAUAGAGCAUAUUUUGCAUUACAACAGUUAUUAUAGUGGUGUAUAAUUUACAGACACUUGCUAAAACAUAUUUAGAUUGGACCUGUAUUUUUAUUUAUUUAUUUCUACCGCACUGAACCAUAUUGUGUAUUUUAUUCUCUUACAAACCUGUAUAGGUCAGAUUUCUGCUGUAAUGUAUGCUUUCGACAAUAUGCCAUUAAAAAGAGAAUAUGAAGAAA